AUGCCAGAAUUCGACAUAACAGUAUCGGAAGCUGAGUCUUAUGAGGCGGACAUCGCAAACACUAGUUAUGUGCGUAUGAUGAAGAGCGUCAAACUUCCUACCUCUGGAACAACAUAUCGCUACGCCAUCAACUCUCCUAGCGAUAGUGGCAAACCAUACCUCUUGUUCCUUCAUGGCUUCCCAGAGUCUUCGUACAGUUGGGUCAAUCAGAUCGAAUACUUCACCAGACGUGGUUAUGGCAUUAUAGCUCCAGACCUUCUGGGUACUGGUGGCACAGACAAGCCCGUGGAACUGGAAGCUUAUGGUCUGAAGACGAUGGCAUCUGAAGUUGCUGAACUGCUCGAUUGUGAGGGCAUCGAGAACGUAGUCGCAGUCUCGCAUGACUUAGGAUCUUUCCUACUUUCGCGAUUUCACACGUAUCAAUCGAAGUACCUUUCAGCUCUUGCGUUCUUGGAUAUCGGAUACUUUGCUCCCGGCGUCGAUGUCAACAUGACCUACGUCGAGACUUACAACAACAUCUCACAAAACGAAGUCGGCUACCCCGCUCUCGGGUACUGGUACUACUAUAACCAACCAGAUGGGCACGUCCUCAUGGACGAACAUUUGGAUUCCUUCUACUCCCUUCAUUACUCUUCCAACACACCGACAGAUUGGAUUGAGAAUAUCGCCAAAAUUGGCGCAUCCCAAGAAUGGCUAGCAGGGAAUAGAAUGGCAGAAUACGGCAACGAUUACAUCACUAACUCUACUCGAGAGCAAUGGAAAACCAUUACCCGAGCACAGGGUGGUGUUGAGGCAGCUCAGAGAUGGUACAAAGCGCUUUUGCGAGGUAUCAACUCGGAAGACGAAGACGAAGUUCGACCGAUGUCAGGAAUAAUUGAGCAACCAUCACUUUUCAUCGGGGCCGACAGGGAUCCUGUUGGUCUUCCGGCACGCCAGCUGAUGGCGACUUUGCCCUAUGCUCCGAGAAUAAAGAUUAGGUCUGUGGAUUCUGGACAUUUUCUUCAUAUUGAACAGGCGGAUCAAGUCAACGAGCAUCUCUACGAGUUUUUUCAAAGCCUUUGA